GAAAAAUUUUCUAGCUACAGCUUUUUCUUGCAUUAGUGAUUUCAACUCUAGAAAUGAAGAACAUCGAGAGUUUUAAAAAAAGAAGCGGAACCACGGAUUGGGGGAAGGAAUAUGAGGAUGUGGUUCUCGCUUUUGUUAUCCUAGAACUAGUAAAAGAUGCCACUACAAAAAACUUUCAUGUUUCGUCAAAUGAAGAAGGGUUUGGAGCUUUUGAUGACAUAGUUAUUAAAACUGAGUCGGAUAACGGAAACGAAAUAAGAGCAGUACAGCUAAAACACACCGAAAAUAGAAUAUUGUCCACAAAAAAUUUGACGUCCAAAACAGGAGACUUCAGCAUUGGCAAAUAUUUCAAAACCUUCCAAGAAAUUAAGAAAGACGCAGACGAAUUCAUAUUAUUUACUAAUAGAACAUUUAAGUGUGACGACAAUACAAAAAUUCAACUGGAAGGAGAAGAGUUUUAUAUUAAAUCUGUUAAAGUAAAUACUGCUUCAAAACUUUCAGAGAUAGAUUGUGCGUAUCAGUUUAAGAUAAUAGAAGAAGACUGGGAUGUAGAAAUGCUUCCCAAAAUUCGACAAUAUCAAAAGUUUUUUAGUAAAUUUUAUUUGUAUACCGAUCAAAAAAAAGUUGGAAGCUUGAAAAACAGUAUAGCUAAAAAAUUCAAAAGUACAUAUCAUGUGGAUGAGGAAAUAUUCGAAAAAUUCCUCAAAAGAAUAAUUGAUUGGAAUAUGCAAGAAGGCAACAAAGAAAAGCUAAACAGAGAGUGGGUGGAACGAGUGAUCGCGCUACUGCUUUUAUCUUCCCAUAUCGAGCCAUUAUCUUCUGGCUCAGUUAAUGUCAAUUCCGUUAACGAUAAAAUGAAAAUAUUUCGAGAAGCUGUUUCCUUAUUCGAUAUUACUCUACUUGAAAAAGAAUCGUACGAAAAGCUUAAACCGGUGUGGGAUGACAUUGGAAAAGAAAAAAACUUCGACUUUACAGAACUAAAUAAAGUAAGACAAAGGUAUUUGCCAGCAGUCAGUUAUAUUGAUAAUAAAAACAUCGACAAAAUGGAUCCAAGGAUAUUUAUUCAACUAUUAUGGUUAACAGACAAGUGUCCAUUAAUUAUACGUCAACAUGAGAACGUCGAAAAAGCCAUCCAGCUCUGUCCCGGUAAAAAGUUCAUCCUAGUUGGAGAAGGCAAGGAUGAGAAGUGGAUGGAAAACUAUGCCGUGUUCCAAAAUCUAUCAAACUUGCAAGAUAAAUCGGACUUACGUGAAAGAUUCAUGCAAAAUUUUACUAUAUCGAUCCAAGGAAAGGGAGAACUUAAUCUUGCAACAGCUUUUGAAAAUAGCGAAGAAUUAUUAGAAAGUGUCACAACGGACAAGGUGGUGGAAAUGCUACAUGGUCCGUGUUAUAUAGGGGGACAAAAAGAGAUUCUUCCUGAACCUUAUAUUGAGCGGAGUCUUUCUCGAAAUAUUAUUAACAUUAAAUACCUAGAAAAAUUUUGGGAAAACACAAUUAUCAUUUUAAAUUGCGGCGAUAAUUUUGAUCAAGUUAAAGACAAAGUAAAGCAAUGUGAAUUAAUUAAUGUAAAUCAAACAAAUGAACUUUAUGCGUCUAAAUUCAAUCCAACUCAAUAUAAAAAUAACUUUCAUUCGGAAAAAUCAAAUUUGACCAAUACAGUUUAUAUAAGUAAUAGCAAUUUUAGUGAUCUAGAACUAGAACAAAUUUACAAUGAAAAUAGAGAAGCCAAACAGUUUCACUACUUUAAACUUUCCAGUGAUUGUAACUUAGAAUGGGUUAAAAGCAGAGGCGAUGUUAGUGAUUUAGAGGUUUAUAAGUUACAUGAAAAAUACUGUACGAACGAAAAUAAACUGUGGUGUUCUCGGUUAGAUAAUAACAUAAAUCUAAUAUGUGGCGAUUCGGGCAUGGGGAAAUCCGAAUUAAUGAAAAGCUGCAAAAAUAAAUGUUCACCCAAACAUUGGACAAUUAUAAUUAGUCCUAACGACGUACACUCAUUUUUUUACGAUUCUAAGUUUUCUAAAACAACUAACUAUACAGAUUUAUUUGAAAAAUUUAUCGUAAAUGAAAAUUCUCAGUCACUCAAGACAUUGGAGCGAAGAUUUUUCGAAAUGUCUGUACAGAAAAAUAAUGUUGUUUACGUGUGGGACGCGCUCGAUGAAAUUAUAGGAGAACAUUUAGAAGCCGUUUCGAAAAUAAUCCUCGAUUUCUCAGCAAAAAGUUUCCUUCAGUGGGUUACUAGUAGAAGAUAUUUACAGCCAUUUCUAGAAAAAACAUUCAAUGUGUUGGCACUUAGUAUAAAUCAGUUUGACGAACAGGAACAACAAAAUUAUGUAAGAAAACGUUUAGCUUCUUUCGUUUUUGAAAAUGAAAUUGAGAUCGCCAUUGAAAAAAUCAAAGCAUCGUUCGCGAUUAUCGAACACGUUAAUAUCUUGGGAAUUCCGCUUCAAAUCUUCAUGGUUACUGAAUUGUUUCGUCAAAACAGUAACAAAUAUUUGAAACUUAUGGAAAAUAUAUUUCUCUUGACUGAUUUAUACGAAUACUUCAUUGAUGAAAAAAUUAAUAAUUUUUACAAAGGUAAAUUGGGGUUUAAUUUAAAAAAUCCUCACAUGCUUAGUAGAAUUCGCAAAAAGAAACAGGGAAUUUUAGAUAAUUACGCGAGAGUGGCACUUAAAGUAAUAUUUUCGGAAGAAAUACUAAAACGAUUAAAUGUUGACUGUGAACAACACAAAGAAAAAAAAUUAGAAAAAUGUGUGUCUAUUGGUCUUGUAAGUGAAUUCCAAAAUGAUGUGGCACAUUUCAUUCAUGGUUCUUUUGCUGAAUACUUAGCUGCAACAUAUUUUUCAAAAAAUUUAAAUAUCUUUUAUGAUAUACUUGGUGAUUUAAUGUUCAAUGCAAAGUAUAAUAAUGUUCGUUUUUUUUUCGACAUGUUGUUAGUUAAAAAUUGUAAAGCACACAUUGCUGUUUUAUAUAAGAAAUAUGAAUUACUUAAAACUUAUGAUGACGAAACUUUAACACGCAAAGACAAAGGUGGUAGAAGUGCUUUACAUGUGAUUUCUUCAUGGGGACAAAGACAUCCGCAUAUAAAAAUAACGGUUGAAAAUGGGAAGUGUAUUGUGCAUGAAGACAGCAAUUUCGAUAAACAAGCAGAAACCGAAGCCUAUUUUGAAACGGUAAUCUUUUUGCAGAGCAAGAAUAACGUUGAAGAACACGAUAGUUUGCUACAUGCGACACCGUUGUCUUAUGCUAGAAAAAGUGAGAGUUUAGGGGCGGAAAUAAUGUUACUUCAAGUAAAAAAAAAUGAACUCAAUCAUCAGGCAAAUUCUUCUAACGAUAUGAUUAAUAUUUUAUAUUAUUCUUCUUUACUUGGAUACGAUAAAGUAUGUGAGCUUUUUACUGUCCAUGAGAAGGAAACCAGGAAAAAUCGCCAGUACGAAACCAAAUUUAUUACUGCGGAAAAUGCUGAAACACCUUUAUUAUUAGCGAGUAAAAGUGGUCAUCUGAAAAUUGUUAAGUAUUUGUUACAUUUAAAUCAUGAAAUUAACAAUCCCAAGAAAUUUGGAGAGACACCGUUUCACGUUGCGUCCGAGAACAGCCACAAAAAUUAUUUAGAAUAUUUUUUGAAUGUCGGUGAAGAAAUCAAUCGCGGCAGUGGGGACAGCUCUUUCGAUUGCUUAGUGGAGGCAGGCUCUGAAAUAAAUCGAGGUAAUAAACAAGGUGAGACACCACUUUACGUAGCUUCUAAAAUGGGUCACGAAAAACUUGUCGAAUACUUGAUGACAGCCGGCGCCGAAAUCAAUCGCGCUAAAAAAAACGGUACGACACCACUUUUCAUAGCUUCACAAUUUGGUCACGAAAAAGUUGUCGAAUACUUGAUGACAGCCGGCGCCGAAAUCAAUCGCACAUUUAAUGACGGUGCGACACCACUUUUGGUAGCUUCACAAAACGGUCACGAAAAAGUUGUCGAAUACUUGGUGACAGCCGGCUCCGAAAUCAAUCGCGCUAAAAAUGACGGUGCGACACCACUUUUCAUAACUUCACAAAAGGGUCACGAAAAAGUUGUCGAAUACUUGGCGACAGCCGGCGCCGAAAUCAAUCGCGCUACGAAUGACGGUUGGACACCACUUUUGAUAGCUUCACAAAACGGUCACGGAAAAGUCGUCGAAUACUUGACGACAGCCGGCGCCAAAAUCAAUGGCGCUAAUAAAAACGGUGCGACACCACUUUUCAUAGCUUCACAAUUUGGUCACGAAAAAGUUGUCGAAUACUUGGUGACAGCCGGCGCCAAAAUCAAUCGCACAUUUAAUGACGGUGCGACACCACUUUACGUAGCUUCACAAAACGGUCACGAAAAAGUUGUCGAAUACUUGGUGACAGCCGGCGCCGAAAUCAAUCGCGCUAAGAAUGACGGUGCGACACCACUUUUCAUAGCUUCACAAAAGGGUCACGAAAAAGUUGUCGAAUAUUUAGCGACAGCCGGCGCCGAAAUCAAUCGCGCUAUGAAUGACGGUGCUACACCACUUUUAAUAGCUUCACACAACGGUCACGAAAAAGUUGUCGAAUACUUGGCGACAGCCGGCGCCGAAAUCAAUCGCGCAAUGAAUGACGGUCGAACACCACUUUACGUAGCUUCACAAAACGGUCACGAAAAAGUUGUCGAAUACUUGGCGACAGCCGGCGCCGAAAUCAAUCGCGCUAAAAAAAACGGUACGACACCACUUUACAUAGCUUCACAAAACGGUCACGAAAAAGUUGUCGAAUACUUGGCGACAGUCGACGCCGAAAUCAAUCGCGCAUUUAAUGACGGUGCUACACCACUUUACGUAGCUUCACAAAACGGUCACGAAAAAGUUGUCGAAUACUUGGUGACAGCCGGCGCCGAAAUCAAUCGCGCUAAGAAUGACGGUGCGACACCACUUUUCAUAGCUUCACAAAAGGGUCACGAAAAAGUUGUCAAAUACUUGGUGACAGCCGGCGCCGAAAUCAAUCGCACAUUUAAUGACGGUGCGACACCACUUUACGUAGCUUCACAAAACGUUCACGAAAAAGUUGUCGAAUACUUGGUGACAGCCGGCGCCGAAAUCAAUCGCGCUAAGACUGACGGUGCGACACCACUUUUCAUAGCUUCACAAAAGGGUCACGAAAAAGUUGUCGAAUAUUUGGCGACAGCCGGCGCCGAAAUCAAUCGCGCUAUGAAUGACGGUGCGACAGCACUUUUAAUAGCUUCACACAACGGUCACGAACAAGUUGUCGAAUACUUGGCGACAACCGGCGCCGAAAUCAAUCGCGCUAUGAACGACGGUGCGACACCACUUUUAAUAGCUUCACAAAACGGUCACGAAAAAGUUGUCGAAUACUUGGCGACAGCCGGCGCCGAAAUCAAUCGCGCUAUGAAUGACGGUGCGACACCACUUUACAUAGCUUCCCAAAACGGCCACAAAAAAGUUGUCGAGAAUUUAAAGAAAGCCGCCGCUUGUGAAAGGAAUCCUACAAACGAGAAGCUUUCCAACCGGUUUGGUUGUAGUUUAAUGUAGCAAAUUUUUCACCUUAAUGGACUAAGCGUAGGUUUAGUAUUACUAAGUCAAUGCUGGUUAUUUUACAGAGGAUAUAAUUCAUAUAUCACUUGUUGUGAUUUCAUACAAUAGAAAAUGUUAAUAUCCUGAGGUACACUCAGAACCGACGAUAGGUAUUAUACCGCCCGGGACAAAGUAAAUAUGUACUGCCUUUCCACUUUGUUAAAGAUAUUUUUUAUACAUAUACGUAAAUACUCUAGAAAUACAUUGAUGAUCCUCACAAGAGAAAAUUGAAUAGUUAAUCGUAGAUAGUCAUACACUUUAUACUUAUUUGCACGGUCGCGCUGAUGACACAAAAUUUAAAAUGAAACUUUUCCUGCUUUAAUUGCAGAAAAUUCUCUCACAAGGUGUUUAUAAUAUAAUAUGUUUUGUCCUAACCGGUGCUCGAUGAGAGUAAUCGCCAAGUUUACAACUCUUGUUUCAGGCAUUAUUGAGCGAAAGUAAUUUUUUGUCAGUUUUAGCUUGGAAAAACUUGGCCCAGCUUUGACCACACUGAUAGAUAAUGAUAAUAACAUUCUCAGUGCAACAUCAACAUUUGGAAAAAAUGUGUUCAAUAAAAUGUUGUAAAACAUCUCUCGGUGAAGUAUUUUUUUAACAGAAGUAGUAAAAGCUUCCAGUUUGUCAGAAAGUUGUAUGGCGUAAAAAUCUUUAGAGUUUGUUUGCUUACUGGUUAGGAUAUAUUCUAGGAUUUUACAUUUUUCUAAAAUUUCCAUUUUAGGAACAGACUGGAGAAAUGAAAUAAUGAAUUGUUUUAUUUAACAGAAACGUCUAGAGUUUGAAAAAAAAGUCAACGUUGAAUUUUAAAAAUCCUUCUGCCAUUUGUCUUGUUUCAUGAAUUGUAAUGAGUAUUUGUUGAUCAAAUUCCUAAAUUAUUAAACAAUUUAUUACUAUUAUAAGAGCAGACAAGCAUACGAAUAUAACAUAAAAUAAGACAAUUGGACUAUAAAAUAUACAUAACAGAUUAACACAAAUAUUAACGGUUAGUUGGUGCUUAAAAAUGCUCGUAUACAAAUAAAUAUUCCCUUAAUUUAUUCUUAAAAUCUUUUAUCCACAACUGAAAUAUUUUGUGACCAUAACAUUACCGUUGUGAGAUGUUUAAUGGGCUUGAUAAAACAUUAGUGUCUUAUAUCGUGUCUUAUAUAAAUAAUAAGUUAGAAUUAUUUAGAUCUACUUUUUAACAUUUACAUUAACAUUCACUUUCUUUUUUGUUGGUGAGAAACCAAUAACAUCAAACGUAGCUGGAAUUGAAGUUUCACGGGCAGUUUAAUCAGCACGCUGAAUUUCGACUUGUUCAACAUCUUGUCCUUGAAUCACCUUCUCUGUUUCAGUUUUAUUUGAUCGAGAAUCCUUAAUGUGCAGUAAACGACUAAACUGAGCAAUGCGUACGAGUAAUCUGUCGAUUCAGUUGUAUUAUCCUUAAUUUUUUAGUCCAGCUCAUUAUACUUUUUGUUUUCCGAAACCAUUCGCAAAAAUAAUAAUCUACUUAGGUCUGAAAUCAAUGAAAACCAUCACUUCAAAAUUUCUUUACAUCACCACAUCGCCUCUGCUUUUUCUUUGAUAUUCAUGACUUGGAAGGGUACUCAAUUGUAUAUUUUUUUCGCAACUAGUGUUACUGAGUUUGAUCAAAAAUUUAAAAUUAUUGGUAAGUGUUCAAACACUAUUACGAAUAAAAUAAGACCUCGAGAUAAAAUAGAAUAAUUGUGUUUUUCCUUUUAUUAAAUAAACAAAAAGCAAUGCAUGAGACCGUUUAGCAUAUGCCUCCAUAUUUUCCUGAUUGAUUUUUACAACAAUUUAAAGAUGCAAAAGGAUCAACCAAGAAUAUGAAGAAAUAAUUUUGUAUCUUCCAGCGUCGCCUCAUCAGUCACAAAUUCUAACAAAAAGAUGUAAUUUAUCGUAAAUUUAGCCCUAUUGUAAAAUGCAGUACAAGUGAAGCUGUAUAAAUACAUAUCUAUACCAAAGUAAAGGUGUAUAGAAGAAAGAAGAAAUUAUGAAAUACUUCCAAUCUUCUAGAAAACAACAACUGACUCAAGUAAUAACGUUGAACUCUUCAAAAUGAUACAUGGCAUUUUGUUACGCUACACCGUGGUUGGUGGACUAAGUGCCCAAAUUAGACAAUAGGCUUAGGCAAUGGAGGAUCACCAUCAAGAAUUUUUUUUUUCUUCCUGUAAGAUAGGACAUCGAGAGAGCUCUCUAGAUGUGUUACGCCGACCGUCUGCACGAAAAAUUCUUCACGCGAAAGGAAAAAGCCCUAGAAGACCUAACCGGUUCAGCACGAACAGUCAGAGCCUACGAACUUCCACCGUCUGAGAAAAACGACCUAAUCCAGUCAACAAGAAACAGCAUCGAGCUACAAACCAACGAAAAGUACGGUACAGAUGUCAAAAUCGGAGAAAUCCUAGUUAUCGAAAAACCAUACGAAGUGGAACUUCAGGCCGAUCGCUAUUCUAGACCAUCAUGGAUGCUUUGUCCUUUGCCAUAACCCGAUUCGAGGCACUAAGUGUUGCAAACGGCUGCAUUAUAUCGAAACGUGUAAAGAAAAGGAUUUUCAAAUUUUUUUUUUGUCCUUCGUAGAUCAAAUCAUGUAUCUCACUGACUACUAGCUGCUUGCAUUAAAAAUUAGGUUUGUGGCAACGAAUGACGAAAAUGACACCGAACCCGAUUAUCUUUCUGACAGAUAUAAGGAAGCUGCAAAAUUGCGAACUCAUAGCCUUGAAUAUGUGUCAGCGGAUGUGAUGAAAGGUUUAAAGAACUGUACAACCUAUUCCACCAUCGGAAGAAACGUUACGCUUACGUUACGUCGUCAGGAACAUUUUUACGGCUUUGGACGAAGAGGGCCAAUUAGGUUGCGAUCCAAUAAGAAAAUAAUGGUUGCUAGUAGAAAUCUCUCGUUACUUAUGUCUGUUGUGUAUUAGUGCUAGUAUAUGGAACCAGCAAAAAACGAUUUAUAGGAAAAAGGACGACAAAAAAAUGUUCGUUUGUUGUUGAGUAUGUUCUUUUGUAACUCAUUUUUAAAAAAUCAAGAGUAUCAAUCGUCUGUUUUGUUGUUUUGAUAAAUACUGAAAACACGUCCAUGGUAUAGUUCAUGUUAGAUUGUGUUUUAUGUUGCUAACUUUUUUUAUCAUUUCUGUAAGUAUAGGUUAAGGUACAAGCAAUCUCAUGUACAAGAAACAUAAAUUUUGUCAAAAUAUUUAAAAAAUAUAACAUUUUAUGAACAAGA